AUGGAAGCUAAAGAAGCUAUUAAACUUGAAAAGAAGAUUCACAGAGCUGCUUUUACAAAAGCCUUCAAUGUUUUAGAAGAAAUUUUAAAGAAAAGUGAUAUAAAUUCUUCUGAAUUACAGUCGGAGCUUAAUGUUUUUGCUUCGAAAGCUCAACGUUUGGAAGAUACGCACGUACGUUAUCUUAGCACACUGUCCGAAAACGAAAUUGAAGCAGAAUUCGAUAUUAUUAAAGAUUAUCGUGACAAGGCCAUUAGAAUCGAAACUAAAGUGAAAGAUAUUCUUCAGAAUCUACAAAAUGUAAGUACUUCAAAUUUAAUUUUGAAUGAAUCUGUCAAUGAGAAUGUAUGUAAGCGUACAUUUAAACUUCCGAAGCUUGAAUUACGAAAAUUUGAUGGGGAAAUUAAGGAAUGGUUAUUUUUUAGGAGUCAAUUUGAAAAAAUUGACAAAGAUACUACGAUUUCUGAUAGUGAUAAAUUUCAGUAUUUAUUACAAGCGACUGUUGAGGGUUCGCGUGCAAGGGAGGUUAUAGAAAGUUUUCUCCCUACAUCUGCUAAUUAUCCCAAGGCCAUAGAAUGUUUGAAGGCUCGUUUUGGUCGAAAUGACUUGCAAGUGGAAGUUUAUGUGAGAGAAUUGUUGAAACUGGUCCUGAAAAUUGCAAAUUGUAGUAAUUCCUGUAAUAACUUAUGUGCAUUAUAUGAUAAUUUGGAACAACAAAUUCGGGCCCUGGAAACCCUUGGCGUCACUACAGAUAAAAGUGCUGCAUUACUUUAUCCUUUAGUUGAAUCUUGCUUACCUGAGGAUUUUUUAAGAGCCUAUCAAAGAAGUGUAAAUGCUGACCAUGGUCCAGACCCUAAAUGUAGACUGGACAGUUUAUUAAAAUUUUUGAAAUCAGAAGAACGCAUAAGUUUAGUUAUGGCUGGUUUUGGUUUGAAGAACGAAGUGACCUGUGGGAUAAAAUCUAUUAAAACUGUUCACGAUCGACCAUCAACGGCAGCAAGUUUAUUAAGUACUGAUUCUUCCACUAAGAAGUGCGUGUUUUGCAGCGGAAAACAUUAUUCAUUUAAUUGUUCUAAAGCUCAAAAAAUGACAUUUUCAGAGAGGCAAAAAGAUAAAGGGCACUGCUUUCGCUGUUUAAAGGCUGGUCACUGUGCAAAUAAAUGCACAGUGACUAGCCUUUAA